AUGGCUGCUGAGAUCCGUGAAGCUUUGCGCUCCAAUGGCAUCAUCUCAGAUGUCUUGGACGACUUCCAGCCCAAAUUCAAUCUCAAAAUCUCCUACCCAUCCACCGAAAUAAAACUCGGUACCCGCAUCCCCACCAGCAAAGCCCAGGACACGCCCACCUACGAAUUCCACCCCAUCUCCCCUUCCACAGGCAGCGAAUCCAACAAAGCCUAUAGUCUUGUCCUCACCGACCCAGACGCCAAAAGUCGGGAAGAACCAAUCUGGAGCGAAUUCUGCCACUGGGUCAUCGCAGACGUGUCCGGUCCAGGAACUGGCGGUGCUUCCGCCGGAAAGACCCUGGAGAAGUACAUGCCGCCGAGUCCACCCGCUGGCACUGGGUAUCACCGGUACGUGUUUGUCCUGCUAAAAGGCGAUGCAGACAAAAUUGGGCAGCUGCAGGCGCCUAAGGAACGGAAGCAUUGGGGCUAUGGGAAAGAGAGACAUGGUGUUCGACAGUGGGCGUCACGGUAUGACUUAGAGGUAGUUGCAGCAAACUUCUUUUUCGCUCAACAUGAGUGA